AUGGGAAGAAAUGUUUUCUUCGCAGGUGCAGCCGCAGCCACAAGCAGCAAGCUGUUCUCCAGAGGUUUCUCAGCCACAACAAAGCCAAAAUCGAAAACCGAAUCAAAAGAAGCUGCUGCAAAGAAACAUAGUGAUGCAGAGAGAAGAAGACGGCUUAGAAUUAACUGCCAAUUUGCAACUCUCCGCACUAUUCUUCCAAACUUGGUCAAACACGAUAAAGCAUCUGUGCUUGGAGAGACUGUCAGGUACUUCAAUGAAUUGAAAAAGAUGGUUCAGGACAUACCAACCACACCAUCUUUAGAAGACAGCUUGAGAUUGGGUCACUGUAAUAACAACAGAGACUUGGCAAGAGUGGUGUUCAGUUGUAGCGACAGAGAAGGGCUAAUGUCGGAGGUUGCAGAGUCGCUGAAGGCAGCCAAAACAAAGGCGGUGAGAGCUGAGAUCAUGACAGUAGGUGGCAGAACCAAGUGUGCCUUGUUUGUUCAAGGUGUAAAUGGGAAUGAAGGAUUGGUUAAGCUCAAGAAAUCGUUGAAACCUGUAGUGAAUGGUAAAUCUUCAUCAGAGGCUAAAAAACAACAACAAUAAAGGAUCG